ACUUUUUAAAAACUAAAAUAGAAUUCUUGUUGUCACUUUCUUUCUGCUUUUUUUUUCUUUCUCUCAUCAUGUUUUCUAGGUAUUUGAUUUUCUGAUCUUCUUUGAAUCUCUUCACUAAUCAAAACCCAUUUGAAAAAGAAAGAAAAAAUGAUUCUUGAUUCUGGUUUCGCUUGUUUCCUCUCUCCUCGAGCAAGAGCAAGCUCUCAAGAACACAACAAAGCUUGGCUUUUGGAGGAAACAGGACCAAAGCUUAUGGACUCAGACCCAUAUUCAGUACACUCUUCCUUUAGGUUUAGUCUUUGCUCGCAGGUGGAGCUGGAGAAGAUGAAAAGGGAGGAACCAUCGUCGUCGUCGUUUUCUUGUCGGAAUAUCUCCGUGACCGAAGGACCUGCAACGGUUCUGCUGGUGAAUUUGGAGAGUGAGGCUAAGGAGACAGAGAAAUCGACGGAUGAGAUGAAUUGGUCGAGGGCUGUUUCACUCGAGAAGAGUAUUUCUCCGGUUGCUAAUACUACUUUGAUCCGGUUUAGUUACAGCGAAAUCGUCACCGCAACGCGCAAUUUCUCAAAAGGCAGAGUGUUGGGAAGAGGAGCUUGCAGCUAUGUGUUCAGGGGCAGAAUCGGGAUUUGGCGUAAAGCUUUGGCCAUCAAGAGACUUGAUAAAGAAGAUAAAGAAUCUCCAAAGUCGUUUUGCAGAGAGUUGAUGAUUGCAAGCUCUCUUAACAACCCUAACAUAGUGCCUCUUCUAGGGUUCUGUAUCGAUCCCAAACAAGGGCUUUUCUUGGUGUAUAAGUAUGUAUCCGGUGGCAGCCUCGAACACUAUCUACACGAUAGGAAGAAGAAGAACAAAGGUGUGAAGGUCUCAUUGUCUCUGCCUUGGUCAGCAAGGUACAAGAUCGCCUUAGGCAUUGCAGAGGCUAUAGCCUAUUUACAUAAUGGGACAGAGCAAUGCGUUGUGCAUAGAGACAUCAAACCCUCCAAUAUUCUUCUUUCCUCAAACAAAAAGCCUAAGUUAUGCGAUUUUGGGUUAGCGACUUGGACAGCUGCACCUUCAGUUCCUUUCCUCUGUAAGACAGUGAAAGGCACUUUCGGUUAUCUAGCUCCUGAGUAUUUCCAACACGGCAAGAUAUCUGAUAAGACCGAUGUUUACGCGUUUGGAGUCGUGUUACUUGAGCUAAUAACUGGUCGGAAGCCAAUCGAAGAAAGAAGACCAUCUGGUGAAGAAAAUUUGAUAGUUUGGGCGAAGCAUAGAGGCAUGGAAGCUAUAAAUGAGUUCCUUGAUCCAAGACUGACAUGUACAAGAAAAAACUUGGGUUUGAUCGAGCGUAUGAUCCGAGCUGCGAGAGCCUGUGUGAUUAACGAGGAGUCACGUAGACCUGGGAUGAAAGAGAUUCUUUCAAUCCUGAAAGGCGAUGAAGGGUUGAUAGAGCUAAGGACGUUUUCAAGCCGAAAAAUACCAAAUCUUUCGGGUUUUAUCGAGUGUUAUCCGCAGUUGCAGCGGACAAAAUCUGAGAUGAAGAGUCAUCUUGCCCUUGCGAUGCUUGGAGUAACGGAGUUUAAAGAAGAUGGUUGCUUGUAGGUAAAGGUAAAUAGUGGGAGAAAGAAGAUGAUGAGUGUAAAUAUCAGUGGUUUGUUGUCAAGUGUGAAACUUGUAAAUGUUUCUUAUUGUGAAAAACUCAGUUUGGAUUUUACUCAAAGGGUUCGGUUAAAAAAAGGGAAAAUGGGAUUUAUGAAAGUCAUCAUUGGAGUAUA